AUGGCUGCAGAAGAAAUUACAAUUGGCAACUAUAUCGUUCGUAGGCUCGAAGAGCAGAACAUUAGGUCUAUAUUCGGAGUUCCCGGAUCGUACCUUGCAAAUUUCCUGGAUAAUGUAGAGAGUUCCAGCAUCAAAUGGGUCGGAGAAUGCAAUGAGCUAAUUGCGGCCUAUGCUGCUGAUGGAUAUGCUCGCUACCGAGGAGGACUCGGUGUGCUAGCUACCACUGUUGGCGUUGGUGAGCUUUCUGCCAUCAAUGGCGUCGCAGGAUCUUUUGCAGAGGAGCUACCUAUCCUCCACAUCGUUGGGCAACAGCCCAGUAUUGAUCAAGAAGAAGGGCUCAAUGUUAUACACACCUUGGGAGACGGAAAAUACGAUACAUUUGCGAAAUCCACCACUCCAUAUAUAUGUUCCCAAUUUUUGUUGUCGAAGAAGGAAAUUGGCCUGGGCGUCGUAGACCAAAGUAUUGACAAAGUCAUCGUCGACUGCAUUAGCAAGUCCCGCCCCGCUUACAUAGCCCUUCCGGCCGACCUCGUCGAUACCAAAAUUGUCACAACCCGGCUUCAUGAGCCUCUGAAGAAGGAAGAAAUCCCAAACAACAAGGACGCUGAGAGCACCGCAAUCACCCACAUAUACCAACGCUUCACUGAAGCCUUUGCGGGAUGGCAGGAUAACAAUGUCCUAGUAAUUGCGGACGUCAGCAUUAGUCGCCAUCAUUGCAAGAAAGAGGUAGCCGACUUUUUAGCGGCGACAGAUCUCCCAGUUUACGGAACGCCUCUUGGGAAGACUGUCGUCGACGAAACGUCUCCUAGAUACGGAGGGGUAUACAUUGGUGAUCUGAGUGAUGCUGAGGUAAAGAAGAAGGUCGAGUCAGCGAGGCUUGUUGUCUUGAUUGGUCCUCUCACAACCGACUUCAACUCUGGAAAAUUCUCCUAUAAAAUUAAAGACGAAAACGCUAUCAAGAUUCACUACGACCACACCGAAGUUGGAUUCGCAAGUUACGCUCGAGUGGGGAUGAAGGAACUUUUACCAAAACUUGGAGAGCGUCUUAAGGACUUUAAGAACCGGGCUAGCAAGCUCACUGUUCCCAAAUUUGAACUUAAGCCAGUCACGGAUUCCGACAAGCAAAUCACUCAUGAUUGGCUGUGGUGGCGCCUCGGAGCAUGGUUUGAGAAGAACGACUUGAUUAUCACAGAAGCAGGUAGCGUUAGUUACGGUGUUCUCGACCUCCCUCUUCCAUCAGGAUCCUCUCUUCUUGCCCAGAAGCUAUGGGCCAGUAUAGGAUGGUCUAUGGGCGCGACGCAUGGUGCUAUGCUUGCACGCAGAGAAAUCGAAGGUGCCCAAGCCCCAAAGACAAUUCUAUUUAUCGGAGACGGUAGUUUCCAAAUGACGGUGCAAGAAAUUUCGGGCUUUAUGCGUUCGGGUAUUAACCCAAUCAUCUUCGUCAUUACUAAUGGAGGAUACACGAUUGAGCGACUGCAGCAUAAUGUGGAAGGCGAAUACCACAACAUCGUCACAUGGAGCUACGGCGACUUGUUAAAGGUUCUCGCCAGUACAACAAACCCAAUAGAGACGAAAACGUACAAGGUAUCCAAAGAGACUGAGCUCGGAAAACUUUUGGAUGUCCAAAAGAUCCGCAACAACAACUGCCUGCAGCUGGUCGAAAUCGAUGUGGGCAGAGACGACGCGCCUCCUGCCCUGCGUCGCGCAUUGGGCAUUCCAGAUCCAGAUAACAGCUCUGCAGAUCACGGAAAACAGGGUGUGUUCCUCCCCAGGAGAGAUUUCAAGGCCCCUUUGGGUAUCAUCGGUUGGUAG